CAUAUAUAUGCGCAAGCAGGUAGCAUGCCAAGAACAAGGAUCUCAACCAAAUUCUUGUGAACAAUACACACCAUCAUCUUUUCCUACCACCAUACCAUGAUCGCCAUGAUCCUCGAGGUCACACAGCAGCUUUGCCAAGACAGGCUACUCACGUUGUCCACUAACAACCUACCACCCAUCCAUCACCUCCUGGUUUUCUUACUCAUAACCGUCGUAACUGUCAAGUAUCUUAUCCGACAUCCACGCAGAGUGUACCUUGUUGAGUACACUUGCUUCGGUCCUGACUCAAAGUACCGAGUUGCCCCAGCCUCCAUGAUCGAGUAUUUUCACCUAGCAAAUUUGCUUGACGAUGAUAACAUUUCCUUCCUAAGCAAUAUUUAUAGACGCUCUGGCCUUGGUGACGAGACAUGCCUCCCCUCUUCAUAUCAUUACAUCCCUUUCAUUCCUAGUUUGAGCAUGGCUCGUAUGGAGGCAGAGCUGGUCAUCUUCACGGUCAUUGAUGACCUAUUUGCUAAGGCAUCAAUCGAACCUAGUAAAAUUGACAUACUGAUUGUCAAUUGCAGCGCCAUGACGAUGGUACCAUCCAUGACUGACAUGAUCAUAAACAGAUACAAGCUGCGUCGCGAUAUACAAAACAUGCAAUUGUCUGGGAUGGGGUGCAGUGCUGGAUUGAUCGCCGUUGGGCUCGCAAGCAACCUCUUGCAAAUCAUGCCCUACGGUGCAAACGCGCUGGUGGUAUCUACGGAGAACGUGACUUGCAACUACUAUGUAGGGAAGAAGAGAUCGAUGCAACUGACCAACAUCCUGUUUCGCAUGGGAGGCGCCGCUGUUUUACUCUCGAAUUCUAGUGCCAAUGCUCGGUUUCAGCUUCUGCACACUGUCCGGAAAUCAACUGCUGCCCAGGAUAACGCGUACCACUGUGUUUUCCAUGAGGAAGACGACGAGGGGAACCUAGGUCUUAAUUUGUCUAAGAAUCUUGUGGCCGUCGCUGGUGAGGCGCUCAAGGCCAACAUCAGCACAAGUGCCCGUCUUCUGCUUCCAGUCUCUGAGCAAUUAUCGUUUUUGCUCUCUUCCAUCGCGCAAAAGGUGUUCUUGAAGAAAAGUUCAUGGCAGUAUGUUCCAAAGUUCGGCUUGGCCGUCGAGCAUUUCUGCAUACAUGCUGGUGGGCGAGCAGUGAUCGACGCAGUGCAGCGUAGCCUGGAUCUAUCGGAUGAGCAGGUUGAGCCGUCGAGGAUGACACUGCAUCGAUUCGGAAACACAUCGAGCAGCUCGGUGUGGUAUGAAAUGGCAUAUUGUGAGGCCAAGCAGUUGAUGCGGAAGGGGGAUCGAGUUUGGAUGAUUGGGUUUGGGUCUGGGUAUAAGUGCAACAGCGCCGUGUGGAAGUGCAUUCUACCAGCCCGUAGUGCCGACUCAGCAUGGGCAAACUGUAUUCAUCGUUAUCCAAUGGAAGUCCCAAAACAAGUGUAAUUGCCAUGACCAAACAGUAGGUACUGAUGGAUACAUGAAACCAAGAUGCAUGUUCAGUCACAAAUACAAGAUGCUUGGAGUAGGAUCCGGUCUUAAUUAGGUAUGUUCAUCUAUCCAAAGCACACAUUGGUCUCCCUCUUUACCCUUCUUGUACUCUCCUCAAUAACAGCAUACAUGCCUCCCUCUCUCCAAGUUGUGCAAAGGAGUUAAUAAGUUACUCCAAGUUUGUAUUCCAAACGAAAAUAUUAUUGGACCUCUUGACAUU